GCAUGGCCAAUGAUGAAGAAGCGCGAUUAUUGAGGGAAGAGCUGGAAUAUGAAGACACUCGGUUCCCAGCAUCCUCUUGUUUUUGCGCCUGUCAACAACGCUUCCUCAACUUUCUGCGCGGGCCGCAGCAUCCCAAACUCCAAUCCAUCAAGCCGUUCUUCGCAUCCAUACAAAGACGUCCAUCCGAUUGGCUGGAAAACCAUCGACUCAACAGGCCCGUCUCACUUGUGCUCUUACUGGUUUCGUGGCUCGUCAUCUUUGGCUGGUUUCUGACUGUCCAACUGCCACUCCGCGACGGCAAUGGCAAAGACGUAGUCAACCUAAGCUGCGACGAUACCCUCUGGAAACGAAAGAACGAAUGCGGAAUCAACGGGAUCAAUUGUCGCCCAUUUACCAACCAUUCGUUUGCCUUUCGAUGUCCUGCAAAAUGCAAGGACGUACAGCUUCUGAACCCACGCAUAAUUGGAAAUGGAGAAGUCAACUACCGCCCUCUGGUCGUCGGAACGGGCAUUUAUCGCGGCGACAGUUUCCUGUGCGCUUCAGCUAUACACGCUGGAAUAGUCGACGACAAGAGGGGUGGCAGUGGUCGAAUCAACCUACUGGGACAACACGACAACUUCUCUAGCACCAAACACCACGGCAUCGAGUCUAUCGCGUUCGACUCAUACUUUCCAUUAUCAUUCUCCGUCGUUUUCGACGAAACCUUCAAGGCACCACCCGACCCCCGCUCAAUCUUGCUUCCGGUCUCUCUCUUCUUUACGGCCAUGCUUGCCCUCUUUUCCAGCUCACCCAAGAUUGUCUUUCCCAUCUUCGCGCUGAUCUUCGCACACGUGAGCUUUGUCUCUGAUCCGCCAACGGCUUCUGAACUCAGUGCUACGGUGUUACCGGAUCACAUCAUGAUGUUUGCGCAGCGGCUGCUGCCGGCCAUGUUCGUCAUGGUGGUGCUAUACUCGACCACAAUCAAGCGGACACUGUCUGGGUUGACGGCCCACUUUGAAAAAACUUUGCUCUGGCUCGGGGGCUUCUGGAUUGGAGCAUUGUCGAAUUAUACCCUCGAAUGGAUUCCGAUAUCGCGGUUAGACGCUCAUGAUUUGGAGCAGCAGCCUGGCGCUAAGCUGGCUUUGGCAAGCAUUAUCCUGCUGUUGGUCAUGAUAACUGUGGGCCAAGUGUACUACUUUUGGCUCGAAGGGCGCCUGGUCCGCUAUUUGAAGUUAUACGGCCUCUUCGCCCUAGGAAUCCUGGUCUGCCUGGUGAUACCAGGUGUUAACUUGCGGAUUCACCAUUACAUCAUGGCACUCAUGCUGCUUCCCGGAACUAGUCUCCAGACGAGACCAUCGCUGCUCUACCAGGGUAUCUUGCUUGGCCUUUUUGUCAACGGCAUAGCACGGUGGGGAUUCGAUUCUGUUUUGCAGACUCCGGCUGCUCUGCUUGAGGACGCACGGAUUGGCUCAGUGGUCCCCAAGAUCCUGGGUGCUUCCAUGGACUGGGACCCUGAGAUUGGCAUCAUGUUCACCACAUUUACGUAUGGCAAACAUCCUCCCGGCGUCGAUGGCAUCAGUAUCAUGGUCAACGAUGUGGAGCGUGAUCGCGACUUCUCUGAUAGCCAGAAUGAGGAUUGGGAUACCUACUCAUGGCGGCGGCCAAUGACCAGUGAACUGACCGAGUACUUUCGUUGGGCCUAUAUUCGGGGCGGUCGCACUCUAGACUACUCGAAGCCCGCCACAUUGUUUGGAAACGGUACAUGGACUUCCAUUCCACCAUAG